UCGGCUCGGACGGGUCGUAGAGUUUUGUAGAUGUGGUUUAUUUUUACUUGCAGCCUUUUUCGCGUUAUCGAAAGUGAUAUGAAUAAAAUUAAGCAUCCGUGUUUUCGUCGGGGACCGGGUUAAAUGUAGACCACGACAAUGGAUCAUCUAGUAAUUCUGGUAGCAGCUUUCCACCUUCUGUACUGCCCCUUUACUAAAGUCGAGGAGAGCUUCAAUUUGCAGGCUAUGCAUGACAUCUUGUAUCACGGUUCUAAUUUGGACGAGUACGACCAUCAUGAGUUCCCUGGAGUCGUGCCAAGAACAUUUUUGGGACCAAUUUUAAUAUCAGGCAUCUCCGCACCUUUGGUAGCCUUCGUUAAGUACUUCAAUCUUAAUAAAUUCUGUGCCCAGUAUAUUGUACGAGCCGUGUUGGGAUUAUUGGUUAUAUCUACUCUACAAUUGUACAGAAAAGCUUUACAAGCAGUUUUUGGCAAACAAUUUACAAAAUGGUUUGUUGCUAUUACAGUGACACAGUAUCAUUUCAUGUACUACCUUAGUAGACCAUUACCAAAUAUUAUGGCAAUGCCGUUAGUGUUACUUGCCUUGUAUGGUUGGCUCAGACACAGUCAUGUAAUAUUCAUCUGGUCAUCUGCUGCAGCGAUAAUAAUAUUUAGAGCAGAAUUAGCUAUUCUAUUGGGAUUAUUUCUCUUAUAUGACAUUGCAACUGCAAAGCUAACGAUACCAAGAUUACUUAAAAUUGCAGUACCAGCCGGUAUACUUCUUUUAGCUCUGACAAUUGGAGUGGACUCUAUUUUUUGGAGGAGAAUUUUGUGGCCAGAAGGAGAAGUUUUUUAUUUCAAUACAAUACUGAACAAAAGCAAUGAAUGGGGAACAUCACCGUUUCUAUGGUAUUUUUACUCAGCACUGCCACGUGGACUAGCGCUUUCCUAUUUGCUGAUACCUUUAGGACUAUUUUGGGAUGCUAGGGUUCGUGUCCUUGUUGUUCCUGCGAUCAUGUUUGUCUUUCUCUUCUCGUUUUUACCUCAUAAAGAAUUGAGAUUUAUUAUGUAUGUUUUCCCUCUAUUGAACAUUGCUGCUGCAGCUGCUUGCCAUAGAAUAUGGGAGAACAGGGAAAAGUCUCUAUGGAAUGGACUCUUCGCUCUAACAAUUGUAGGGCAUUUGGUACUAAAUGUACUGUUUUCGAUGUUUCUACUUUGCGUGGCGGGCACUAAUUAUCCUGGUGGUUUUGCCAUUGCAAGAUUACAUAGACUGGAAAAAGAUAGUACUGAACUGGUACAUGUUCACAUUGAUACAUUGACAGCCCAAACUGGAGUUUCGCGAUUCACACAAGCCAAUCCAACGUGGAUCUAUUCGAAAGACGAAAACUUGACAUUAAACGAUCCAGAGAUGCUGCGAUUUACACAUCUGCUGGUAGAAGCUAAGAGCAAAUACUCUCCAAACUUGAGGCCACGUCUUAAGACGCAUGAUGUGUUAGAUUCAGUCGACGGUUUCUCGCAUAUCACCUUGAAGUACAACAUGAUACCCCCGAUUAGAAUAAAAACGAAACCCACAAUAUUUAUAAUGAAAAGAAAGCCUAAUAUUCUUUACGAUCCUAGAAAAGCGAAGAAAACUAAGUUAACACUUAAUGAAUUCGAUCAACGUUAUAGUGUUGAAGAAGUACAAUUGGAAAUUACUGAGGAACAUCAGUUGGAAAUUACGGAACCAAUAUUCGAUGACAUUGUGGAGUCAUUGGAGAUCUUUGAAAAACCUUUAGAAAGUAUGGACGAGCCAAUGAGAAGUAUCGAUGCAAGUGUGGGAAAUACUGAAAGGGCAGAAUUAAAUGAUCUGUCCAUGGAAAAGAACGUUGAUGAGAUUUCUAUGUAUAAAGAUGAAGAAAUAUUCGAUUUGGAGACAAUAAUAAAUGAAACAGAAACGGAAAACGUGAGUAUGGAACAAGAAGAGAAGCCAGACGUUCUACAAGUAACUGAUAGUGUAGAAAAUGAAAUAUUAUCCUACAAGUCAUCUAAAUUUUUGGAACAUCAAGUCGAUUUUGAAAAUGACAUCGAAGAACCCGAGGAUGUAGUGGUGAAAGACAAUUUACUUCAACAAGACCCUGUCAGCGUCAAGGAAACGGUAAAGAAACUAAUCCAAGAAAGAACAGAAGAAAUCCAAUCAAAAAAGAAUAUAUCAGAAGAACCAAGUGAACAAGACAAGGGGAAACACAUCAAAAUGCAAAAGAAAAUUGUCGCAGAUAAGAUCAGAAGCAAAGUAACUGAAAUAAAAAGUUCCAAGGUAACGGAAUUGCCGAAGCAAAAAUCCAAACCUAGUGAACAAAAAGUCCUUAAUGUAAAGGAAAGUAUUAAGAAUAUAAUAUAUCAAUUUAAAGAGUUUGAAAAGGACUUAACAUUAGACGAGGAGGAUUCCUCAGAGAAGUGGCUCGAUGAUGAAAUUAAUGACGAUUUUGGGGAAGAUAAUCCAGAGGAAGUUGAGGCGAUUUCUUUGGAAAAUGAAGGUGAUAAUGUGAAAGAUUUUACAGAGGAAGAAGACCCUAAAAUUCUGAAAGAUGCCCGAGAUACGUUAAAGGAAAUUAUUAAUCAAUUUAAUGAACUUAAAACCGAAUUAACUUCAGAAGAAGAUGAUGAGUUCGAUGAAAUCGGUACUGGAUAUAUGAACAGACCUAUUUCUGAGACUUUGAUGCGCUUUAGUGACGCUCUAAAAAAUCUCGUCACGCGGAGACGCUCUAAAGCCCGUGAAAGUAAGUUAAAAACUAACUUCACUGACGAUCAAGCUUCACAGAAUACUUCGAAAGCAAAUACUUCAUCUGCUAACUCUUAUACAACUGUACAAUUAACUAAAAAAUCAAAACUUACUGAAGAUAGUAUCAGAGCCACAAAACUUCCAAAAGCCCAAAGUACUGAGCAACAGUCUGACGAUUUCAAACUGCCAGAAGACGAAGGGGACAUGUUAAACAAAGUUCCUUCCGAGAGGGGUAAGAAUUUAAAAAAAUCGGUGAAUGUCGUUUCGAAUGGCACUACAAGUGAAAAUAUCAUUCGGGAAAAUUAUACUGUUGACAGCAGUCAAAACAGUACAAACACAUAAGUGUAUUUAAUAUUAUAGACUGCGGAUUUGUCUGCAGUAGAUUACUGUAACAUAUUUGUAGUAAUAAUGUAAAUACAUUUCUCUCUGUGAUACCAACCUUACGAUUUUCACCUGUAACUUGCAAUGUACCAAUAUAGAAAGAUGGUUAUGAAAAUUAGCAUCCAUCAACAAUACUAAAUAGCCUAUAACAAUUAAUAGUUUUAUGUCUAGCUUGCAUUUUCUCUUUUCCAUCGUUUACUACAAUAACAUUACUUUUUCAUUAUCUAGUUCCCAAUUUGUAUUUGAACUCUACUAACAAAAUUCAGAAAUUAAUGGCACUCCAUUCUUUACAGCUGUUAAAGAUUUUUAGUGUUUAAUCGAAUAUUUUCAAACUUCAAUGUUGGUACUUGUCAAGACCAGGUUAAAAGUGCCUUAAGGAUACAUCUUAAUCCCUUGCAAUGUACAGUGAGACAGAGGUGUGGAUGUGCAAAAAAAAAAAUAAUGUUAUGCGUUGUUAUUUUACAAGUAAAAUGUACGAUUUAAAUAAUAAUGCGACUUUUUAUUAA